AUGAUCAACUCGGGGAACGGGGGUACUACUGGUACCACUAAUGGCGGGAGAGGUCGCAAGCUAUCAUCGGGCUGGUCCCUGGCGAUAGCGAGAUCUCGCUUUGCCCAGCGUUAUCGUUCAAGAAGCUCCCGCACUCAAGAUACCUCCCAAACCGCCACCUUCUUCGACCGUCUCCCCGUCGAACUCCUCGCCCAAAUCUUCUCCCAAGUCCAUGUCACAGACCUCAUCUCCCUCCAAUGCACCUCCCGCUCCUUCCACGAAAUCGUAGACAUAAACUCCAGCCUAAUCACCCGCCAAUAUAUCCGCACAAACUCCCUAACCACCCUCUCAAAACUCUUCCCACCGCCCACCUUACCCUGUAACAAACCCAAAUACGACGUCCGAUACCUCAUCUCCCUCACCAAACGCGAACAAACCUGUCGUGAACUCUCAAGCUACUUAACAGAACGCAUCAUCGAACGAUGUCUAAACACUCCAAUCCAGCGUGUAAAACCCAAGAAACGCUCCGUCAUGGAAUCAUGUCUCACAGACGAACUCACGGAACGCAUGAUUUACGUUUUAUACUUCCUCACAGAGUACUCCCGUAAACGCGAGGAAUCCCUCGAUUUACUCGCCACCCACCGCAUCUUAGUCUCUUCCCACCCUACAAGCAGUACCACAAACACCCCGCACCAAAUCCGUACCCGCGCAGAGAUAUUUCACGCCUUUCAAACCUCCAUAAUCUCCACCCUCCCGGAUUCGAUCCUAAUCCAAACCCACCAUACAAUGCACCUACUCAUAAAACUCGUCCGUCUAUCCAUCUGUCCAACCCCACCGCACCAAAAGAACGACCCGUGGAUUUCGAUGAUGUUGCAUAAAUCCGGAUUAACCCGAAUCACCGAAUUCUUUGCCGCAGAUAUGCCGUAUGCCAGUCAUUCCACUCGAAAGGGGUUUGCGAAGGCGAUGCAGAAGGAUUGGGAUGAUUUGGAUAUUGCGAGCGGUCAGGUCCCCGGUCAGGUGGGGAAUAGGGAUGUAUACGAAAGAGAUGUUCCGCCGCCUAUCAGGGAGAUUUGGUUCGAUGCUGCUCAGGAGGUUAUGAGGAAUAAAAAGUUGGAACCGCAUGCGAGGGAAGGGUUGGCGGUGGGGAUGUUUGGAGGUUAUGUGGUGGAUGAUUUGAGCUGUACGGGAUGUGUAGCUGGGAGACCGUAG